ACGAAAUCAGGAGCAGACGAAGUGAAAUUAAUAUCCGUGGAAAGUAACUUUUCCUCCGCAAGCUUUCCUUUUAAAAGAUUUUCUCCUUUUGCUCACAUCAUGUGCUUGUUAUUAUUCUAUAUUAACCCAUUCGCAAAGGAAAAUGAAUAUUAUUUAAUAUUGACGAAUGUUCGAGAUGAAAUUUACACCAGGCCCACAAAAGUAGCACAUUUCUGGAAACAAAAUCAAAACAUCAUCGGAGGUGUGGAUGCAGAACUUGGCAAAGAAGGGGGUACAUGGCUAGCAAUGAAUCAAAAUGGAAAAAUUGGUGCUUUGCUCAAUAUAUUGCAGCCAGAUGAAGAAGUGUUGCCCAAUAAAAAAGGCAGAGGAUUUUUGGCUGUUGAUUACGUUGCUGGUCAGUCUGAUUGCUUUAGUUAUUUGCAUGCCAUAAACCAAGAAAAGCAAAAUUAUAAUGGAUUUUUGUUAGUAACGAUGGAUAUUAGGUCUCUUCAUGAUCCAAAAAUAGCUUAUGUUACCAAUGCUUCUUCAACACCACCAGUUCGUUUAAAUCCUGGCUUCCAUGCUUUUGGCAACAGUGUGACUCCAGAAACUCCAUGGCCUAAAGUUAUGAAAGCCAAAGAAAAAUUCACAGAAAUUGUUCAGAGGCAUUUGUCUCUUAAAACCAAAGAUGCCUUAGUUGAGGAUAUUUUUACACUUCUCAGAGAUUCCACCAGUUACUUAUUAGAUGAAAAUAUGAAAAAACAAGGCAAAAGUAAACCUUCAGAGUUUUUGGAUAAACUCUCUGCAAUUUUUGUGAACAUUCCUAGUUCUAAUUAUGGUAGCAGGUGUCACACAGUCAUCAUAGUGGAUGGUUCUGGGAAAGUAGAUUACUUUGAACAUAGUCGUGCAGAAGUACCAAGCAGUGAUGGAGAUGCGACUUGGACAACAAAAAAAUAUUCUUAUGAACUAGUUUGUGAUAAAUGAUACACAGAUCUGAACAUUGAGAUGCUUUAUAUUGCAGAAAACUUUAUGUAACUGUUUGAUGUAUUUCCUAUUUAGUGUAUUAUUGUGCAUUGUUUAUUGUGACAGAAAAUAUUUAUUAUAAUAAUUUCUGACUAUUUGUCAAUUUAAAAUAGUAUUUAACAGCAGAGCAUUGUCAAAAGGUUGUGUUCAAUCAUUUUAUUGAUAAUUAAAAAUAUUUUG